AUCAACUCUUUAUACAAAAAUGGAAGGUGAAGAUUUCAGACUUACACUAGACUUUAAGGUGCCUGAAGGACGUAGAAAAUACUUCUGUCGGAACGACUGCAAAAAAGAAGACAUCCUCAUCGAAACAAGAGGGAACAGAGCUCAGGGCGGCAGAUACAUCAUUAGACAUGACGGUUAUGUGCAUGUAGUUAUUACAGAGCUGACUCAGUCUGACACAGGAUGGUACAAAGUUGGUGUGGGCCGUUCUUCUCUUCCGAACUCAUACGGUUCAUACCAGAAGUUUAAGCUCAAAGUCAGAGAUCUGUGUGAUGGAGGUGUCGUCUCUGGCGAGCCUAAAGUCUACAGCACCACUGAAGGAGGAAAUGUCACAGUCAGAUGCAGCUUGUUUUUACAUCCACGAAACAGGAAGUUCCUUUGCAGGGAGGAGUGUAAUAAAUUUCUCUUUGACACCAAUGAUGUGACAGCUACGGGUGACCGAUACAAGAUCGAGUAUGAGAGCAACACACUGUUUAAUGUGACCAUCACAGAGCUCACCAAGUCUGACUCAGGACGGUACAGGUGCGGUGUAGGAAGAAACUACGCAAAAAACACGUGCCAAGAGUUCGAGAUCACAGUUACAGACGGUGAGUUGCUAAUGGACGUCAUGAAAAUGUUCCUGCAUAUCUCUGAAGGUCUGAUGUUUUUGACAAUCUGCUAGUUUGACAAUAUUAGUUUAAAUCAAGGUCCAUAAGUGCUUU